AUGUUAAGAAUAGUGACUCCUCAGACUACAAGUACGGUGACUCCUCAGACUCCACGACCCCUCUAUCCAAUUUCUGGCACAACAAGCUCUCGAUCAGACGAUGGAAGUUCUCCACGGAUUGUCCUGCAGAGACCUUUUGUUUACUUCGGACGCUCAUACAAUCAAAUUUAUGUGAACCACAAUGGACACCUGACCUUUAAUGCUUCAUGGUCCAGAUACAUACCUCUGCGGUUUCCAAAUCAUGGAUCCAGAGACAUCAUUGCCCCAUUCUGGACAGAUCUGGACAACAGAGGAAAUGGUCAGGUCAUCUACAACCAAUACACCAACGGCAAUGUCCUUCAACAAGCUACACAGGACAUUAAUGCCUACUUCCCAGGACUGCACUUUAAUGCCAACUGGGUCUUUGUUGCAACAUGGUAUCAGGUGGCUUACUAUCCAAUCACUAACACACAAACAACCGUCCAAGCUGUCUUGAUUUCUGGUGGCCACUACUCAUUUGUGCUGAUGAACUAUGGGAUAAUAGCUGCAACAACUCGCAAUAUACAGGCUGGCUAUGACACAAUCGGUUCUGCUCACCAUUUCACCAUCCCGGGAUCUUUCGCUAGUAAUGCAACAGGCAAUAACUCAGUUUUCCGCCUGAGCAGCAAUGUCAAUGUACCCGGUCGCUGGGCGUUCCGCACCGACAAUGGAUCAAGAGGCUGCACUUACAAUGGUGAAUCCAUGCAGCUGGGUGACUCGUUCUGGAGGGACAGUGCAUGUACAGAGAAGUGCACCUGCACCUCAGCAGGUCUGCAGUGUGUCAGUCAACGCUGCUCCUUUUCCCAAGUCUGCAGACCAAGUACCUUUCAGUUCACCUGCCAGACGGUGCCAAGAGGCACCUGCACCAUAAGUGGUGAUCCACAUUACUAUACCUUUGAUGGCACACUGUUUCACUUUCAGGGCACCUGCACCUACGUUCUCUCAGAACAGUGUGGUCGUGGGCUGCCCUACUAUCGUGUAGAGGGUAAGAACGAGCACCGGGGCAGCACUCGUUUAUCCUGGACAAGACUGGUCAAAGUGUAUGUCUAUAAUGAAACUAUCGAGCUUGUCAAAGGACGACGCAGUGAGGCUAAGGUUAAUGGAAACUUUGCAGCCACUCCGUUCUCCCUUCACAAUGGCACCAUCCAAGUUUAUGAGUCAGGUUUUUCUGUGGUCAUCAGUACUGACUUUGGCCUGGUAGUUUCUUACGACACAGAUUAUUAUGCCAGGAUCAGUUUGCCCCGCACUUACCAGAAUGCAACAUGUGGCCUGUGUGGAAACUUCAACCACCACCCUGGGGACGACUUUCAAACGCCCCAAGGCGAGGUUGUGAGCUCUGAUGUAGUUUUUGCCAACAGUUGGAAAGUAUCAGGGGACGAUGAGCCUGGAUGUGACGAGCAGUGUGGAGGUCUGGACUGUGUUAACUGCACUGCCAGUCAGACAGCUUUAUACAGCAAUGUGGACCAUUGUGGUAUCCUCCAGAGCAGUUCUGGACCCUUUGCUGCUUGCCAUCCACGAAUUCUUCCACUAAACUUUCUGCAGAGUUGUGUGUAUGAUCUGUGCGCAGGAGGAGGCUAUCAGCCCAUUCUGUGCCAAGCCCUAAAUGUUUAUGCAAGUCAGUGUCAGCAGACUGGUCUCCAGCUGCCAAGCUGGAGGAGACGUGACUUCUGUGAAAUCCCCUGUCCAGCCAACAGCCACUUUGAGUCCCAAGGCACAGGAUGUCCAGCUACCUGUGUCAAUCCCAAUUCCACCCAAAACUGCCCUCUCCCUGCCCAGGAGAGCUGCAUCUGCAAUUCAGGCUACAUCCUCAGUGCUGGGGUCUGUGUCCCUCAUGCUGAGUGUGGCUGCAGCUUUGAAGGUCGUUACUACCGCUCUGGAGAAACUGUAAUACUAGACGAGAACUGCGGGAGACGUUGUAGCUGCAGUUAUGGCUCCAUGACCUGUCACUCACAUGGUUGUGGUCCACUGGAAUCAUGCAGGGUGGAGGAGGGAGAAAGAGGAUGCAGACCUAACAGCUAUGAAACAUGCUGGAUAAAGGGCCUGGGGUCAUAUCAUACGUUUGAUGGACUGACAUUCCAGUAUCCUGGGGCAUGUCGAUUGACUCUUGCCAAAGUGAUGGGAUUGUCUCAUCACCCCCACUUUGCAGUGACAGCAGAGAAAGUGCCUAGAGGCCAAAAUGGUUUUGCCAGGUUGCUAAAGUUUGAGGCAGAGGGAACACAAGUCUCCAUUGAGAUGGCAGAUAACAGCACAGUUCAGGUUGACAGUCAGCGGAUCAGACUACCAUUCAGCUCAGCAUCCAACCGAAUCCAAGUCUACCACAGCAGCAUUCACAGUAUCAUCCUUCACACCGCCUUUGGUGUGACUGUGCAGACAGUUUGGCCUCACUUUGUACGUAUCACUGCACCCGGUAUCUACAAUGGUUCACUGGGUGGACUCUGUGGAAACUACAAUGGUAACUCACAUGACGACUUCCGCACACCCAAUGGCCUCCUGGUCAACACCUCUCAGGUGUUUGGAGACAGCUGGCGAGAUGGCUCCCUCGCUGCACACUGUGUGGAAAGUGUAAAUGAAAAUUCUACGACAAAUUCCAAUUCCAGUGAGCGCUGUGGCAUUAUUGCCUCACCGAAUGGGCCAUUUACCCAGUGUUGGGCCAUGGUGGACCCACAGCAGCAUGUGAGUGCAUGCAUGGAGACCAUUAGAGUCUCUAGAGAUCCAGCAUCAGCACUAUGUGAGGUCCUACGUGAUUAUGCUCUAAUGUGUCAACAGAAGGGCGUAGCCGUGGGACACUGGAGGAACAUAACUGGCUGUGAGCACACCUGCCCAACAAACAGCCAUUAUGAACUCUGUGGAAGCACUUGUCCCUCCACCUGCCCCAGCCUUUCCUUUCCCUUCUCCUGUAACACUCUGUGCCAGGAUGGAUGCCAGUGUGAUGAUGGUUUUGUCCUCAAUGGCAACCAGUGCGUGCCACCAACAUCUUGUGGAUGCCAUCAUGAAGGACGCUAUCGGCAAGGUGGCCAAGAGUUUUGGAAUGGUGAAGAAUGCCAGAGCUUCUGUACCUGCAACGGCACAACAGGGACAGUCCACUGUAAUCCCAGCUCCUGUGGUCCCCAGGAGUCCUGCCGUGUGGUAGGGGGUGAAUUUGGAUGUCAUCCAAACCCUCAUGGCACCUGCUCUGCCUCUGGAGACCCCCACUACCUCACAUUUGAUCAAAAGGCUUAUGACUUCCAGGGAACCUGCCGCUAUGUUCUGGCGACCCUUUGUAAUGACACUAAUGGACUCCCCCACUUUUCAGUGGAAGCUAAGAAUGAGCCGUGGGUUGGGUUGACAGUCUCAAUCACGGCUGAAGUUUUUGUGAAUGUGUUGGGAUACCGAGUGCGUGUGUCAAGGGACAACAGAGGUAUGGUAGAGGUAAAUGGAAUAACUACAAAUUUACCAGUUGUCUUGAGUGGAAAUGUGUCUAUCUUUGCAAGUGGACCUCAAACAUUUAUCACUGCUGAUUUUGGCCUCAGAGUCACCUAUGAUGGAUGGAGUACAGUGUCCAUCUCUGUGCCAUCAAAUUACAGCGGACAGACAUGUGGACUUUGUGGAAACUUCAAUGGGAAUCAAAGUGAUGACUUCCGCACCCCAUCUGGAACAAUAGUCACCACUCCAGAUGUGUUUGGGACAGCUUGGAAGGUUGCAGGCAACUACACCUGCAGUGAUGGGUGUGGUUCCUCCUGCCCGCGGUGUACCAACGAGCAACCUGCUAGAGCUCAGUGUGAGGUGAUCAAAGCAGCCAGCGGCCCCUUCAGCUUCUGCCAUGAGCAGGUGGACCCAGCGCCAUAUUUCAAUGACUGUGUGUUUGAUGUUUGUGUGUCGGGAGAUGGGGGCCAAGAUCUUCUGUGCAGGGCCAUUCAAGCGUAUGUCAGUGCCUGUCAGUCUGCUAAUGUUCGAAUCUACCCUUGGAGACAGAACACCACCUGCAGACUGGACUGUCCAGCCAACAGCCAUUAUGAGCUGUGUGGUACUGACUGUGGCCACACCUGUGCCAGCAGCAUUGAUGCCACCUGUGAGCAGGUUUGCUCUGAGGGAUGUUUCUGUGAUGAGGGGUUCCUCAGGAGUGGGACAACAUGUGUCCCUGUGGAAAGCUGUGGCUGCCAGUAUGAUGGCUUCUACUAUAAUGCUGGUGAGUCCUUCUGGACAGAUGGUUGCUCCCAGCGAUGUGAAUGUUAUGCUCCCAAUGACCUGCGCUGCUCCGCUGCAUCUUGCACUUCUGCACAAGAGUGCACCAUCAGAAAUGGCCGGCUGGGCUGUUUUGCUACUAUGUCCACUUGCACUGUGUGGGGGGACCCACACUACAUCACCUUUGAUGGGGCACUGGCUCAUUUCCAGGGCACGUGCUCUUACAUCAUCACUGAGAGCGUGAGCCACAGCACCAAUGAAACCCAGUUUCAAGUAGUAGCCACCAAUAAUCACCGUGGCAACAACCGCGUGUCGUUUGUAUCAGCAGUGGAUGUAUACCUCUCAAAUCAAACAGAGAAUGUGCACAUAAGGAUCGGACCAAACAAAAGAGUAACGGUAAAUGGCAGUGAGGUGUCUCUUCCCACCACCACAGGAACCUUAGCUCGGGUGGAGAGGCAGGGAAGCUACAUGGUGGUUGAUGCCGUUAACCUGAUCGUCCAGUUUGAUGGCCGCAGUACCUUACUGGUCAGAAUCGACCAACACUGUCAAAACAGAGUCGCUGGGAUGUGUGGGAACUUCAACAAUGAUCCUGCAGAUGACAAAGUCUUGCCCAAUGGCACACAGGCACAAAAUGACAAUGAGUUUGGACACAGCUGGAAGGCACCCACAAGCCGACCAGGGAUGGAUGCCAGUGUGAUGAUGGUUUUGUUCUCAAUGGCAACCAGUGCGUGCCACCCAACAUUCGUGGAUGCCAUCAAGAAAGGACGCUAUCGAGCAAAGGUGGCAACAGUUCUGGAUGAAAUCCCCUGUCCAGCCAACAGCCACUUUGAGUCCCAAGGCACAGGAUGUCCAGCUACCUGUGUCAAUCCCAAUUCCACCCAAAACUGCCCUCUCCCUGCCCAGGAGAGCUGCAUCUGCAAUUCAGGCUACAUCCUCAGUGCUGGGGUCUGUGUCCCUCAUGCUGAGUGUGGCUGCAGCUUUGAAGGUCGUUACUACCGCUCUGGAGAAACUGCCCUCCAUCUCCAAGACAACUCCUGUAAAGGCACUCUCCAGGACGGGCGACUGUUGUUCCACUUUAACAAUGACGAGCAGCUGUGUGGGACAGUUCUCAGGAGCAAUGGAACCCAUUUCAUCUAUGAGAACAUGAUCCAGGGCGAUGUGGACCCUCAUGACGGUCUAAUCAGCCGCCAAAGGAACAUCCAUCUGCGUUUCUGCUGUGAAUACCCUCUGACUCAGGCCCUGUCUAUGUCUGUGGGCAUCAAUCCUUUAGAGAGCAUUGUGAGGAAGAAGCUUCCAAAUGGCCAUGGACAGUAUCACAUGAGAAUGAUCCCCUACCAGGACGCUGGCUUCAGCUCCCCCCUGACCGGUGACAGCAACAUAGAAAUGGAAAUAGACCAGAGGUUGUAUGUGGAGGUGCGGACAGAGGGAAUUGAUGAACGGCAGAUCUCCACCAUUCUUGACUCUUGUUGGGCCACGCCAAUCAACAAUGCGAACUACCCUGUCCGCUGGGAUCUCAUCAGUGCAGAGUGUCCUAAUCCAGCAGAUGAUACAGUAGAGCUGGUUCAGAAUGGCGUCUCCACUGCGGCCAGAUUCUCCUUCAGGAUGUUCACCUUUACCAACUUUUCAUCCAUCUACCUGCACUGCCAGGUCCACCUGUGUCUUCUGUCAAACAACAACUGCACAGCUCAUUGCUACCCGGGUUACCACAGGCGAGUUGGGAGGGAUGUAUCCUACCAUGACACUGCCUCCAUCUCACUAGGACCACUACACCUGAUCCCAAAGAGUGGUGGCAAAAUGAUGGAACGAAGCAGUGCUCCAGGCCAGAUGACCUCACUGGUGACCCUGCUGGUCAGUCUGCUAUUCAGUUUGCUGACUGCCAAAACUCUGGUCUAAGGAGAACAGAGAUGAUCCAUAUUUUGAAAU